AAUAGGCCAGAAAAUGUUAAUUGGGUAUAUGGGGGGUUUUGUCCAAAAAAGAUAAAAUCAGGCCCAAACCCAUCUAUCACCCUCUUCAAUUGGGAGUAGAACUAAAACCCUAAAUUUCCUCAGAACUCUGCUAUACCCUUUUUCUGGCCGUCGAAGGUAAUAAGCAGCAAGUAUGUUAAAGAUAAAAGCACCCGUCAAACCAAGAAUCAAGCGUGCGCUUGAGAAAAGAGCUCCAAAACUUGUUGAAACUGGUAAGAAGACUUUGAUACUUGAAGGUACAAAGACAAGCAGUGUAUUGAAUUCUGUGCUGACGGAUAUAUAUCAUUUAAAGAAAGAGAGUGCAAUUAGAUAUACACGCAAGAACGAUAAUAUAAGGCCAUUUGAAAGCGGUGGUGAAACUUCUUUAGAGUUCUUCUCUGAGAAAACUGAUUGCAGCAUUUUUGUGUAUGGUUCAACGUCAAAGAAACGGCCUGAUAAUCUUGUGAUAGGGCGGACUUAUGAUCACCACAUAUAUGAUCUUGUAGAAGUAGGGAUUGAAAAUUUUAAAUCCAUGUCAUCAUUCAAAUAUGACAAGAAAGCAGCCCCACAUGUAGGGUCUAAACCUUUCAUUGCUUUUGUUGGAGAAGGUUUUGAAAGUGUAGAUGAGUUGAAACAUUUGAAGGAGGUCUUGCUUGAUCUCUUGCGGGGAGAGGCUGUGGAAAACUUGAAUCUUGCUGGUUUGGACCGUGCAUAUGUAUGUACAGCUACAUCUUCAAAUCGUGUCUUCCUCACUCACUGUGCAAUACGGCUAAAGAAGUCUGGCACUGUAGUUCCUCGGAUUGAACUGAUAGAAGUUGGCCCCUCCAUGGAUUUGGUAGUUCGUCGUCAUCGUCUUCCUAAUGAUAGCCUAAGGAAAGAAGCCAUGAAAACAGCUAAAGAUAAGCUUAAGAAGAAGAUUAAAAAUGUCAGUGCAGAUGCCAUACAAGGAAAACUUGGAAGGAUUUAUAUUCCUGAUCAGAAGAUUGGAGAAAUGGCACUGCCUGACAAAUCAAAAGGUGUGAAGAGAGAGCGUCGUGAAGCUAAGAUGAAGAACGGGAAUAAUGAGCAUGCAUCAAAAAAGCAGAAGGAGGAUUCUACAUAAAUUAUUCCGACUUGCAUGGAACGUCUGUAUUAAAUCAUCCUUUUGUUCUUUGUUUUUUGGAUGCUGCAUUAUCAAAUGGAAAUUGAAGGGAGGAAUAUAAAUGGAAGAGCCAUGAGAUGUCUUUCUUUCAGCACUUCAGUUUAGAUUCGUAUGCUUUUGAAAAUUCUGAUAUUUUUAGAAAAUAUUGGAGUAACAAAUGCCAAGAGUAUUGUUUACAAUUCUGAUUUUCCUCAUCUACAAUACAGUUCACUACCUCUUUGGCUUCUUUCUCUGGAUGUGGCAAUGCGAGAAAGGCCUGUUAUUUUUCUUAUUAAGGAGAUUCCCUUGUAAAUUUAUGUUCUUAUGACUUGUAGAAUGGGUAUCAGUAGCUCUCCACAUCAUGAAAGUUUGAAAUUUGUAUUCUUAUGAGUGGAUAUUUUACUGUUUGGGAAUUUAUGAUUGCCCCUUGCUUAUCA